AGUGAGCUGACAAAAAAUCAAACCCAAGAAAUAAGAAGAAAUCCUACAAUUUUUUUUUCUAUUAUUUUUGUCUAAAAUUAUGGCUUCUUUAUUAUCUUAUUGUACUUUUAUUGUUACAUUAUGGUACUUAUUAUUAUCACUUGCUACCUUGCAGGUUGUUGUAGGAUCUCGCCACCUCCACCACCACCAUCAUCAUGGAAAUGGUGGUGUUACCACGCCGCCAUUUCCAUCACAAUCUCCGUCUCCAUCUCCAUCUUCAUCACCGGUGUUCAACUACACGAGGGGCCAUCACCGUUUGUGGGAAUGGCCUCCUAGCUAUCGACAUAUCACUGUCGAUAUUGGUGGUGGUGGAGAUUAUGUUUCCGUCCAAGCAGCCGUGGAUGCUGUCCCGGAUGAUAACAUGGUUAAUGUCAUCAUUCAUAUUCGUCCUGGAUUAUACAUUGAAAAAGUAGAGGUACCAGCAACAAAGCCUUACAUAACAUUUCAAGGGGCGGGAAGAGACGUGACGGUGAUCGAGUGGCAUGAUAGGGCAUGUGAUCCCGGCCCCGACGGAGCACAACUACGUACCUACCGCACGGCCUCGGUCACUGUCUUGGCUAAUCAUUUCUCCGCUAGAAACAUUAGCUUCAAGAACACCGCGCCAGCUCCACUACCGGGAAUGGAGGGGUGGCAGGCGGCGGCUUUUAGGAUAUCCGGCGACAAGGCCUUCUUCACGGGUUGUGGAUUUUAUGGUCAUCAGGACACUUUGUGUGACGAUGCAGGUCGACAUUACUUCAAGGAUUGUUAUAUUGAGGGCUCUAUUGAUUUCAUAUUUGGCAAUGGUCGUUCCAUGUAUAAGGAUUGUGAAAUACACUCAACGGCAACAAGGUUUGGGUCGAUAGCAGCACAAUUCAGGACAUCACGAGAAGAGAAGACAGGGUUUGCAUUCGUAAAUUGUAGGGUGACAGGAAGUGGACCAAUCUAUGUGGGCCGAGCAAUGAGCCAAUACUCUCGAAUUGUCUAUUCUUAUACUUAUUUCGAUGACAUCGUUGCUCAUGGUGGAUGGGACGAUUGGGACCAUAAAAACGAGAAGAACAAGACUGCAUUUUUUGGAGUAUACAAGUGUUGGGGUCCAGGAGCAGCAGCAGUUAGUGGUACCUCAUGGGCAAGAGAACUGGACUAUGAUACAGCCCAUCCCUUCCUUGCUAAGAGCUUUGUCAAUGGCAGACAUUGGAUUGCAAAUUCUGAUGCCUAAUAGCCUAAUACUAGAAAUAAGCAUCACUAUUUCUCAUCAACCACUUAAAAGUAUACAUAUACAUAUACCAAAAAUAGCUAGCAUUAUACUAGUAUAAGAUAUUAUUUGAUUCAAUUUCUCUUAUAUAUAAAAAAAAUUACAUGAAUUCUUUACAUAGACAAUAAGUAUAUGAUAUUGUACUCCACGAGCUCAUUCAAAAAUUAUAUAUUGUACAUUUUUACACUAGAUGUGACAUUGUAAGAUAUACUUCCUCCGUUCUUUUUUUAUCGCAUCACUUACUACUUUAGGAAGUUUACUUAUUAUUGCA